GUGCAGGAGGGCGGUGCAAUGUCCGGACGCCGUUCGUCACUCCAAGAUGGCAGCCACCAUGAAGAAAACAGUAGCAGCCGAAGAUGUUAACGUCACCUUUGAGGACCAGCAAAAGAUUAACAAAUUUGCCAGAAACACAAAUCGAAUGACGGAACUGAAAGAUGAGAUAGAGGCUAAAAAAAAAUCCCUGCAGAAUCUCGAGGAUGCCAGUGAUGACCUUAUGAUGUUUGAAGAUGACUCCUUGCUAGUCCCAUAUCAGAUUGGUGAUGUGUUCAUCAGUCACACGCAGGAAGAGACACAAGAGAUGUUGGAUGCAGCAAAGACAGCUUUACAAGAAGAGAUCAAAGAAUUGGAAGGAAGAGUGUCAGCCAUACAGGAAGUGCUUGGAGAUCUAAAAGUUCAGCUGUACGCUAAGUUUGGCAACAACAUCAACCUGGAGGCAGACGAGAGCUGAUAUCGUUACACAGAGGACUUGCUUUUACACACUCUUCACGUGAAUCAAAUGUUUGGGUUCUUACUGCACACUGACCAUGGAUUCUCUCUUGUUUUUCACAGUCAAUAACCUUAAUGUUUUUUGUCUUUGUUUGUUUUGUUUCAUAGAUACCAAACAAACAGAUAAACACAUGUUUGUGUAAGGUUAAUUUAAAGAAGUUACAUUUGGGACUGAGAGAUAGAUACUAAGCAGCCAAAAAGUAUACAAGCCUUCCGAUGGUC